AUGAGUGAGUCAAGGCAAGAGCUUUUAGCAUGGUUGAACAACCUCCUUCAGCUCAACAUUACCAAAGUUGAGCAGUGCGGUACAGGAGCGGCUUUCUGCCAAAUAUUCGAUUCGAUCUUCAUGGAUGUGACUAUGAACCGUGUCAAAUUCAAUGUCAAUACCGAAUAUGCAUACCUCCAAAAUUUCAAGGUCCUCCAAAAUACGUUUAAUCGUCACCAGAUCGACCGACCGGUCCCCGUCGAGGCUCUAGUGAAAUGCCGUAUGCAGGACAACCUCGAAUUUCUUCAAUGGGCCAAAAAAUUCUGGGAUCAACAUUACCCCGGCGGUGACUACGAUGCCGUUGCUCGUCGCAAAGCAUCAGGCGGGCCGGCGGCAUCAGCAGCUCCCGUAUCAGCAGCCCGUACCAGCAGUGCCGGCGCUCGACGAGGCGGUACCACUCCCACCGGCGCCGGCGUUCGACCUCGUGUAGGUGGUGCAGCAGCCGGACCGGGAGUCGCGGCAUUGAACCAGGAGAUUGCGGCACAAAAGGAAGCCAUUGCGGGACUUGAGAAGGAACGUGAUUUUUAUUUUGCCAAAUUGCGCGAUAUCGAGUUGUUGCUGCAGACGGCUGUUGAGGCGGAUCCGAAGUUGGAGGAGGAUGAUGAUUCGUUGGUGAAGCAUAUCCAGGGUAUUCUAUAUUCGACUGAGGAAGGAUUUGAGAUUCCUGCAGAAGCCGAAGAAGGUCAAGAGGAGCUGGAGACGUUUUAGUCGUGGCAUUGUUCGAGUCGUACUUCUUUUCACAUCCUCGCCUAUUGUCCUUUGAGUAUACUAUCCAAAUACCCGCCUCCUCAAUCCCGUCGUUUCUAUUCUCAGCGUCAUCCUCUCUUUUCUACCUUAUCUUUACAUCUUCGCCUCUCGGUGUUCCAAGAGUCGCCAUCACUGGAUCAACUUGAGUUGUCUCCUCAGAAAAACGCAUUUACCUACCACGCCUUGUUUCCUUUGUUAGAGAGACUGACAUAGUUGCGGACCUGUCUUGUAGCUAUAGAUUGUUUCGAUUCAAUGCACUGAAACAUUAACUAGUUACGU